UUCUCCUCUGUGGCGUUCGAUCGUCUUCCUUCCGAUCAAUCCAAAUUCCGCCUGAAAAACCCUAAAUUCCCUCAAUUCAGAUGCUUUUGUAGAGAUCUCCCAUCGUCUCCUUCAUCUUCUUUUUCCCUUCUUUUUUUUUUUUUGGUUUUUUUGUUGUUCUUUUUUUUUUUUUUUCCCUAGUGUUCUGAUGGAGGAUCUGGAGUUGCAUAUGGAGGACGACGACGUGAUGGCUCACAUCGACCUCGACGGCUUCUUCGGCGACAUCCCGGAGGCCGGCGACGUCAUCGGCGCUUGCUCCUCGGCGAACGGGUCGUCGUCGUCUCCGGACUCGGGGCUCUCGUGGUUCGACGAGAUCGAGAACAUCCUGAUGAAGGACGACGAGGACGGCGGAGUUGUCGGUGGCGGGAUUAGGGCUGAUUCGAGCCAGGAGUUCUGCGAUAGGUUCCUCGCCGACGUGCUCGUUGACUCCCCCGGAGAUGGGUCGGCGGUGAUAGCCGGCGACGGGUCCGGCGACAAGGAGGAGCCUGGAUCGUCGGAUGACGGCGGGGUCGAGGCUGCGAAGGUUGAUGGGGCUGACGGUGGCGGUGAAGCCUAUGAUCCUGCUUCUAAGAAGAUCAAGAGGCAGCUGAGGAACAGGGAUGCUGCUGUUAGGUCGAGAGAGAGGAAGAAAGCGUUUGUCAAAGAUCUGGAGGUGAAGAGCAAAUACCUUGAGGGGGAAUGUAGGAGACUUGGGAGGUUACUUCAGUGCGUUAUGGCUGAAAACCAAGCUCUGCGUUUUAAUUCGCAGAAUAGUGCGUGUGGUGCUAGUGUGUCCAAGCAGGAGUCUGCCGUGCUUUCGGAACCCCUGCCGCUGGGUUCCCUGUUUUGGUUCCUAUGCAUCACAUGCCUAUUUACCCUGCCCCCGCCGCUCCUGUUGGCACUGGAAGCAGUGUUGCGGGAAAACGCAGGAAGGGGAAAUCUGAAACCUCUGGCAGCUCCAAGAGGAGCAAGAAGUGAGAUGUUUGGAUCCUGUGGGGUACAAACCCUUGACAAGAGCAGGAGAUACAAAGCAUUAAGGACGAAGAUGAAGGCGGGAUUUUUGCUGCCCCGAGUUUUGGCAUAGGCCGAUUUUCUUCUUUGUGACUCUCGGCUGAUUUCUCGCAUCAGGGUUUGCCUUUGUUUCUCGUUCCGUGGUCUAAAAUGGUGUAAGCUACUGGAAUAAUUAGCUAGGAGAUGAGGACUUUUGAGUAGAUCCAAGCUUUUUAUGUAAAUCCCCCAGAACCACACCCGUGAUUAGCCCGUAUGAUUAUAGCAGUUGCUUUGCCUAAGCGGGUUCGUGAUUUGGUUCAGCACCUUCUUGUGUGUCCUUUAACAUUUGCUUGUCAUAUGGCUGCUCGAGGACAUCCGAACUUAGAUUUGAGGCUUCUGCAGGUGGGAAGGAUCAUCAUAUUUUGUUGCUACAAUGAUAUCUAACUAUGACGUUGUUUUAGUUA